GGUCAGGCUGGCGCUUCGUUGUCAGAGGCGAGGUGAGCCGCGGGCCGAGCCGCCUUCCCCCACGUCCCUGCGAGCGGCUGGACGUCUCUUCCGGACUCCGAGCGCCGUCCCGGCCGCCUUGGGCCCGGGUUCUGAGGCGAAGUCAGCUUGUUUGAAAGAGUGACAACGAAAACUGGCAAAAACUUGUUCUGUGAGACAGUGGGAGACAAUGUCGCAACUAAAAACCUCUUAUUCCUUUGAUGCUCCCUCGGACUUCAUUAAUUUUACAUUUUUGGAUGAUGAAGAAGAUACAGAAAACAUAGAUUCUUGGUUUGAUGAGAAGGCCAAUUUGGAGAAUAAGUUUCCGGGGAAGAAUUGGGCAAGAGGACUUCUUCAGAAAACUCCUUUGAGAAAGACUAAUCUCCAGCAAGUUACUGUUACUCCUUUGAGAACAAUUGACAAUACUUACAGAGAGACAGAAAAAGAAAAUCUGGUGGAACAGUCUGCUUCAUCAAAUUCUCGUUCUUUCCCAGAAGUCAAGGAAACUAAGACAAGAAGUACUCCAAACCAACCUCAGAGAAGAUCUGUUAGACUGUCAGCACGGAAGGAUUUGGAACAGAAAGAAAAGCAACAUGUGAAAAUGAAAGCCAAGAGAUGUGCUACUCCUGUAAUCCAUGAAAUUCCACCCUCCAAGAAAAUGAGAGUUUCUAAUAGUAAACAGAAGCCAGAGGAAGAGGAAGAAGGCAGUGCUCAACAAGGAAAGAAUGAGUCUUCCCCAGAAAAAGCGAAGGGCAGAUAUAAUGUGCCAGGAAGGCAGAAAAUUCUUAAAAGUACUGAGGAGCAAGAGUUGGAGAAGAGAAUGAAGAUGCAGCAGGAGGUGAUGGAGAUGCGGAAAAAGAAUGAAGAAUUCAAGAAAAUUGCUCUUGCGGGAACAGGGCACUCCUUGAAGAAACCAGUGAGCCAAGUAACCAAAGUAGUUGACUUCCAUUUUCGAACAGAUGAGCGAAUUAAACAGCACCCCAAGAACCAGGAAGAAUAUAAGGAAAUAAACUUUACAUCGGAGCUGCGAAAGCAUCCUUCGUCUCCUGCUCAAGUAUCCAGAGGAUGCACCAUUAUUAAGCCUUUCAACCUGUCCCAUGGAAAGAAAAGAACAUUUGAUGAAACAGCUUCUACAUAUGUGCCCCUUGCACAGCAGGUUGAAGCCUUCCAUAAACAAACCCUUAACAGAUAUCACUUAAGAAGCAAAAAGGAAGAUAUUGUUCUGUUGCCUUCUAAACCUGCUGUGGCGAAGAUCUCCAGAGACCCACAGACCCCCGUACUGCAAACCAAGCAUCGUGCAAGGCCUGUGACCUACAAAAGUGCAGCAGAUCAAGAGGCUGAGGAACUUGAGAAACUACAACAAUAUAAAUUCAAAGCACGAGAACUUGAUCCCAGGAUUCUUGAAAGUGGACCCAUCUUGCCUAAAAAACCACCUGUGAAACCACCCACCCAGCCUAUUGGCUUUGAUUUAGAAAUUGAAAAAAGAAUCCAGGAACGAGAGUCAAAGAAGAAAUCAGAGGAUGAACAUUUUGAGUUUCAUUCCAGACCAUGUCCCUCUAAGAUCUUGGAAGAUGUUGUGGGUGUUCCUGAAAAGAAAGUCCUUCCAAUCACAGUUCCCAAGUCACCAGCCUUUGCAUUGAAAAACAGAAUCCGAAUGCCCAUGAAAGAAGUUGAAGAAGAAGAGGAGCCAGUAGUAAGAGCUCAACCUGUGCCACAUUAUGGGGUGCCUUUUAAGCCCCAGAUUACAAAGGCAAGAACUGUGGAAAUGUGCCCUUUCUCUUUUGAUUCUCGAGACAAGGAACGUCAGUUACAGAAGGAGAAGAAAAUUAAAGAACUGCAAAAAGGGGAGGAGAUGCCCAAGUUCAAGGCACUUCCUGUACCUUAUUUUGACACUGUUAACCUACCAGAGAAGAAGGUGAAGAACACAACCCAGAUUGAGCCUUUCUCCCUGGAGACGGACAAAAGAGGUGCUCUGAAGGCACAGACUUGGAAACAUCAGCUGGAAGAAGAACAGAAACAGCAGAAAGAAGCAACUUGCUUCAAGGCUCGGCCAAACAACGUCACCUCCCAGGAGCCCUUUGUUCCCAAGAAAGAGAGAAAAAACCUUUCUGAGAGCCUUUCUGGUUCUCUAGUUCAGGAACCAUUUCAGCUGGCCACUGAAAGGAGAGCUAAGGAAUGGCAGGAACUGGAGAAGAAAAUGGCAGAAGUUGAAGCCAAAAAAGUCCAGCAGUUGGAGGAGGCCAGACAACAAGAGGAAGAGCAAGAGAAGGAAGAGCUGGCUAGGAUACGGAAAGCACUGGUGCACAAAGCUAAUCCAAUACGCAAGUACCAGGGUGUGGAGAUAAAGUCAAGUGACCAGCCUCUGACUGUGCCUGUGUCUCCCAAGUUCUCUACUCGAUUCCAGUGCUAAACCCGCUGUGAGCUGCAGGCACCAUCUGGAAGCAGGAGCUGCUCUUCACAUCAGAUCUGGAGCUUUCUUUCAAGGUUCCCCGGGCGUGAAGAGCUCAUUUCUACACUUACCUGCAUGACCAGUGGAGCAUUACUGACAACUCUGGACUCGAGUUUUAGAGAGUUGUUUGCUCACGUUAUUGAGGUGAACGAGACUCUGCUUAGUUUGUUUUGAUCAGACCUCACAUCGUUAUUUGCUUUGAACCAUCAGUUGACCUUUAUUUUAUUAUUAUUUUUUUCCUCUUCUGCCACAACGGAUGAGUCUCCGAGGGUGACUCCCAGCUCUGUGCUCAGGGACCAUUGCAUGUUUUCAACCUAAUGAACUAUCUCCUGCGUCCCUUCAGAGUUGACCUUUAGUAUGGGUCUUAAUUUCUACUAGAAUUUAAAGUCUUUGUAUCAAUAGUGUAAUUUCUAUUUCUCCUUACCCUGUCCCCUUUUUCUAUAUUAAUCAGAAAAUAAACUUAAAUAGGAAGAUAGAACUUCAGUCAUACUUGAAGAGACCUAAUUGUCUAUCAGAUUUCUGCCCUCUCUCUGCACAGAGUAAAUACAGAGUUAAAGAGCAUGUCUUCACUGAGCACCGGAACGUGGUUGGAAAACCUCUUGGGCCACCUCAGUGAAAAAGACGUCAUAGACUGAUGGUGACCUCCCAGCAGCUAGUGGCAGUUUCAGGCAAAGCUGCUGUGAUAUCUCAUCCUUCCUUGUUGACACACAAGAAAUGGGAUGGUGCAGCAUACAUUGCAAGUCCUCCAGUGCCCCGGACUGGAA